UUGGAGACCGAGAUGUCCUUGCUUCCGCGCGUAGAAGAAAGCAGUUAGCUCGAGAAGCAGCGUUACAGCGGGAAGAAGAGAGACUGAGACGAGAAGCUGUUGCAGCUGGAGCCGGACCCUGUACAUUGCCACAUGCCGACGACGAUAAUAUGGAUACUGACGAGGAGAUGGAGGAAGAUGAUGGGCCAGCAGAUGCAUUUCAGGAUCGUAGAGGUGGUCGUGCCUUACCCUUUCCGCAGCUGCCUGGUCCUGCGUACUUGGAGGGUCCGUGCGAGGGAGGGCCGCAAAAUUUAGAGUUUAUGCGAUGGUUCAAGUCGCAUAUAGCGAUGUACAUUUGGGAAGGAUAUGAGCGCCGUGAAACUACACGGUGCGAGUCGAGGACCAGAGCACUGGAGGACUACCGCGGCCCGCAGGAUAACACGAUGAUUGCGAGGUUGGAGGCAACAGGUCUUUACCAAUUACGAGACUGUUUUCUGAAGAAGAUGAACAAGAACCUCAUACUAGCUUUCGUGGAGAGGUGGCAGCCGGAGACGAACAGUUUCCACAUGCCAUGGGGCGAGAUGACGAUCACGCUCCACGAUGUCGCUUUCAUCCUGGCGUUGCGGCUGGACGGACCAUCAGUGUCUGAAAUUCGCCCGGUAGAAGAGUGCUCACAGAGUCUUGCAUCUGUAUUGGGUGUCGGUCUUAUGGACACCAAUGAGAUGUUUCGAAAUAAGGGAGUUGGUUGGGUUAAGGUGAGAGAUCAGUUGACGCUUCCCUGCGCCACAGACGACAAGAAGAUGAAGGGCUACUUGAUGUUUCUGCUUGGGUCUGUUUUGUUUGUAGACAAAACAGCGUCUAACAUAAAGCCGUGGUGGAUCCAUUUUACCAACGAUCUCGAUAAUGUCGGCAAGUAUUCGUGGGCUUCGGCAUGCUUAGCAAACAUGUACCGCCAAUUGGGUAUUGCCACCCGCGCUGGGAUGAACAGUCUCUGUGGAUGUGUAAUUCUCCUUUUGUGCUGGAUCUUUGAGCAUUUCCCCUGCUUUCGACCACCUCUUUCCCGUUCAUAUGCCGAGUUUGAGCCUCGAUGCAGAAGGUGGGCCCAUGGUGGAGGCAAUAAAACCACGCUGCAGGAAUACCGGAAAAUACUCGACGCCAUGAGCGAAAGAGAUGUUUGUUGGACCCCGUAUGGUACCGAUGCACAUUACUUACAUCCUCGGAGUAUGUAUUACGGCACGAUACAGUUCAUGGAUAUAGUGGAGCCGUACAUGCCCGACCGAGCGUUGCGGCAGUUUGGAAGAAGGCGUUCUGCACGUGUGUAUCACACCGAGCAGAACACCUCUGUACGUGUGAAAACGCACGAGCAACAAUAUAAUAUUUUUUUGGUUUUCUUUGGGGGAGGCCGUUAA